CUGACUAGUGACUCGUGAGUAUGAUUUUUUUAAUACUUCUGCACUUUUAUCUAACAGCGAUUACCUAUUAUUUUACAAUUUUUUAAAUUUUAUAUUUUUCACCCUUGAUUACGCUUUAAAUUAUUGGCAUUGUUUUUUAGUAUUUUAGAUGACCUAAUUGUUAAUUAUACCUUCGUUUUUCCAUUUAAACUGAUUCUAAGCUUUUUCUACAUCUACAGCAUUAUUAAUGUUUAUGAGAAAUUCGGUUGUCAUCCUCGCUCAUGAUUCUUGAGUCAUUCAUUGUUUAUGUAAGUAGAGCUGAGCGACGCGGCGGACAUCUUGGUUGGAGUCUAUAGUGGUGGCAUCAGGUGAGGUGCUUGUUGUUGGGGAACUGAAACUUUGAAGCGAUAUUUCUAUUUAAAAAGUUAUUCAAUGGAAUUUAAUAUGAUGUCUGAUCAAAUGUCAAUGAUGGGACCUACUCCAAUGACUUGUUUAUAUUGUAAUUGUAAGGAAUCCUCUCCUGAAUUUGCUCGUGAAAGAGAAUUGUGCUUACAGUGUUUUGAAAAAUGGAAUGAAACGGAACAAACCGAAUUUGUUGAAUUACUUUUGACUAAAAUGCUCCAUCAUCAACACAGUCAUGUAAGUUCAUUUUUACGCCCCAUGCUUCGACGAGACUUUAUUUCUCUUCUACCCAAAAAAGGCUUAGAUCACGUUGCUGAAAAUAUAUUGUCCUACUUAGACGCUAAAUCGUUAUGCGCUGCAGAACUUGUAUGUAAAGAAUGGUAUCAAGUAAUUUCUGAAGGUAUGUUAUGGAAAAAAUUAAUUGAAAGACGUGUUCGUACGGACACUUUGUGGAAAGGGCUAAUGGAAAGGCGAGGCUGGAUCAAAUUUCUGUUCAAACCACCUCCAGGUGAACAUCAUCCCGAUCAUAUGUUUUAUAGACGUCUCUAUCCCAAAAUAAUUCAAGAUAUUGAUAAUAUAGAAAAUAAUUGGAGAUGUGGGCGCCAUACAUUAAAAAGAAUCAAUUGUCAAAGUGAAAACAGCAAAGGAGUAUAUUGUGUACAGUAUGAUGACCAUAAAAUUGUUAGUGGUCUACGUGAUAAUACAAUCAAAAUAUGGGACCGACAUACUUUAGAGUGCACUAAAAUUCUUACAGGCCACACUGGUUCUGUUUUAUGCCUUCAGUAUGAUGAUAGAGUUAUUAUAAGUGGCUCCAGUGAUUCCACUGUUCGUGUAUGGGAUGUUAAGACUGGAGAACUUAUCAAUACUCUCAUUCACCACUGUGAAGCAGUUCUCCAUUUGCGUUUCAAUAAUGGAAUGAUGGUCACUUGUUCCAAAGAUCGGUCAAUCACUGUGUGGACAAUGGCAUCUCCAACAGAAAUUACUAUCCAGAGGGUACUUGUAGGUCAUCGUGCUGCUGUUAAUGUUGUAGAUUUUGAUGAGAAAUAUAUAGUGUCUGCUUCAGGUGACAGGACAAUUAAAGUAUGGAAUACAUCUACCUGUGAAUUUGUUCGAACAUUAAACGGACAUAAGAGAGGUAUUGCCUGUUUACAAUACCGAGAUAGACUCGUCGUUAGUGGCAGUUCUGAUAAUACCAUAAGACUCUGGGACAUUGAAAGUGGUGCUUGUCUAAGAACUCUAGAAGGUCAUAAAGAACUUGUGAGGUGUAUACAAUUUGAUAAUAAAAGAAUUGUGAGUGGUGCUUAUGAUGGCAAGAUCAAAGUCUGGGAUCUUGAUGCUGCUUUAGAUCCAAGGGCCCCUGCUGGUUCUUUGUGUCUACGUACUUCUGUAGAACAUUCAGGGCGAGUGUUCCGUCUCCAGUUUGAUGAUUUCCAAAUUGUUAGUAGUUCACACGAUGAUACAAUAUUAAUUUGGGAUUUCCUCAAUGGUACUCCUCCUGAAACUCCAGUUUUAACUCUUAGAUCGCCGUCUCGCACUUAUACUUAUGUUUCAAAAUAAACUUUUUUUUCAUUAUGUGAUAUUAAGCAUAUUUAAAGUAACACUGGUGCACAAUUGAUUUGCUUCAACUAAGAUAUUAAGAGAGACAAAGCUGGUGAUAUAAGACUUCUUUUAUUGACAGUUCAGAGAAAAAAAAUAGUUCCUUUAUAUUGUAGAUGGCACUAAACAUUUGUUUUAGACAGUUUAUUUUAGCUGUUAUGUUCUAAGCCAUUGACAUUAUGUUAGUUUAUAACUUUUGGACUUCUUCAAAUUAUUUCAUUGCUGUAAUUAAGGUCUAGAUAUAUACUGGGUUUUUUUUUUCCUUGGGUACUAGCUAAUGUAUAAAAAUUAUAUUCAAACACUGCCUGUAUGAUAUUUAAUUAAAAUUUUCUGAUACUUAAUUUUUUUGUGGAUGCUAAUGCAAUAAUAUCAAAUAUAGUACUGUGUGAAUAAAGUUUACAUAUUUAAUUAAUUUAUAAACUUUCUGAUAUCUCUUUGUAAUACAUUCCCUUUCCUGUAUAUAUUUUAAGUAUGCUUUGCUUGUUUGGGUCGUAUGAACUCUUACUAUAGCACAGUGUACAGUAAAAUUUUGUAUCGCAGGUGUCAGGGAUGCACCAAAUAAGGGUUUUAGCUGAAUAUAUUAGGUAUGUGAUGUUAAAUUAAAAAUUUCUGUCUAAGAAUGAAUUUAUUUUAAAAUUUAUUUAUCAAAAAUUUUGAUUUCAAUCAAAUGUUUUCUAUCUUAAAUCUUACAUUAUUUCUUUAUUAUAAGUUCAUGAGACAUCUAAUUGUAGUAAUGUAUCUUCAUUAUCUAUUUAUCAAACAACUAUAAUUAUUGUAGUAUUUAAUUAUUUAUGAAGUUUUUUAAUUUAAAUCAGCGAAGAUAUAUAUAUAUCUACUGUUACAUUUUACUGUUUUGUUAGUUUCAUAUCAUUAAUUGAAAUCUAAUUCUAAUAAAUCUCAACUCUUUUAAUUUUCUUAUUUCAAGCUAUAUUGCCAUUUAAUUAUUUAAGUAAUAAGACUUCAAAAUUUGGUAAAAAUUUAAAUCAAAUUUUGUUAUAGAUUAUUUUAAAAAAGUUAUACAUAAAAUAUAAUUUUUAUUUGCUAAAAACUGAAUAUUCUGUGCAUUCCUAUUGUGUAAUGUAAAUAUUUCUUAUAGUAAUUAAUGAACAGCUAAUGAAUAAAUAAAGAUAUUGCUUUCAGA